AUAUGUUCCCAGUCAAAAACCCAUCUUCAAGUUUUCACACAGUGUUUUUUGUCGGGCGGAAAACUCUCUCUGUCUCUCUCACUUUCCGAGUUUUCUUUUCUUUACAGAAGAAGCAAACUGAACAUUAACCCACUGAAACACCACCUUUUCCCACUCUUACAAGAUAAGACUAACACACAACACUGCUACUACAACACCAACAACGUUAAAUUCAACAACACACCAUUCCUAUUCCCCCCCAUCACAAAUAACAAGAAGAAUGAAGAAUAACAAGAGAGAGAGAGAGUUACAAUUCAGAAUGAGCUCAAUAAAAGCCAGGUAGAAGAAUAGAGUGAGAUAAUAAUAAUAAAAAGAAAGAAGGGUCAUAAAGCUAAGGAAUUAUAGUUUUUGAGUUUUUGCAAUGGCACAGAAUUCCGAGGAGAUAAAGACAGUUGAGCAGUGGAGAUGGUCUGAAAUGCAAGGCCUUGAGCUUAUGUCUUCUUCUGCUCCUGUUUCUAACUCACAUGAAUCCAACCCAACAUUGGAAGAAGAAAGGGUAAUGGAGGAGGCUUCUUCGGUGGAAAAGAAAGAGGGUGUUCCUAAUGGUACUCGUGAUGGUGGUGGGGAGAAGAAGAAGGGCGAGACUGUUGCUUCUGUUGGGUUUGGUGAGCUUUUCAGAUUUGCCGAUGGGUUGGAUUACAUUCUAAUGGCAAUUGGAACUGUUGGAGCAUUUGUACAUGGCUGUUCGUUGCCACUUUUUCUUCGGUUCUUUGCUGAUCUUGUGAAUUCCUUUGGUUCCAAUGCGAAUGACUUGGACAAGAUGACUCAGGAAGUGGUGAAGUAUGCGUUUUAUUUCUUGGUGGUGGGGGCUGCUAUAUGGGCAUCCUCGUGGGCAGAGAUUUCGUGCUGGAUGUGGACAGGUGAACGGCAAUCAACGAGGAUGAGGAUCAGGUAUCUUGAGGCAGCGUUGGACCAGGACAUUCAAUUCUUUGACACCGAGGUUAGGACAUCUGAUGUUGUUUUUGCCAUCAACACUGAUGCUGUUAUGGUACAAGAUGCCAUUAGCGAGAAGUUGGGUAAUUUCAUUCACUACAUGGCUACAUUUGUUUCUGGAUUUGUUGUGGGUUUCACUGCGGUUUGGCAAUUGGCACUGGUUACCCUAGCUGUGGUCCCUAUAAUAGCAGUGAUCGGAGGCAUUCACACCACCACCUUGGCCAAACUAUCUAGUAAAAGCCAGGAAGCUCUUUCUCAAGCUGGUAACAUUGUGGAACAGACUGUUGUUCAAAUUCGAGUGGUGUUGGCGUUUGUUGGGGAGACUAGAGCACUACAGGGCUAUUCAUCUGCGUUGAGAAUUGCACAGAAGAUUGGGUACAGGAUUGGAUUUGCAAAGGGAAUGGGAUUGGGGGCCACUUACUUUGUUGUUUUCUGUUGCUAUGCUCUUCUGCUUUGGUAUGGAGGCUACUUGGUUAGGCACCACUACACCAAUGGAGGACUUGCCAUUACCACCAUGUUUUCUGUUAUGAUUGGUGGAUUGGCUUUAGGCCAGUCUGCACCCAGCAUGGCUGCAUUUACAAAGGCAAGAGUUGCUGCUGCAAAGAUUUUUCGUGUGAUUGAUCACAAGCCGGGUAUAGACAUAAAGAGUGAAUCAGGUUUGGAGUUAGAGAGUGUUACAGGACUAGUAGAGCUGAGAAAUGUGGACUUUUCCUACCCCUCAAGGCCAGAGUUUAUGAUCCUUCACAAUUUCUCCUUGAAUGUGCCUGCUGGCAAGACCAUUGCUUUGGUUGGAAGCAGUGGAUCAGGUAAAAGCACAGUUGUGUCCCUCAUUGAGAGAUUCUAUGAUCCUUCUUCAGGACAAGUAUUGCUAGAUGGUCAUGAUGUUAAGUCAUUGAAGCUUAGAUGGUUGAGACAGCAAAUAGGAUUAGUGAGUCAAGAGCCUGCUUUAUUUGCUACCACAAUUCGAGAAAACAUACUCUUGGGUAGGCCUGAUGCAAACCAGGUUGAGAUUGAAGAAGCUGCAAGAGUGGCUAAUGCUCAUUCCUUCAUCAUCAAACUUCCCGAAGGUUAUGAAACUCAGGUGGGGGAGAGAGGGCUGCAACUUUCAGGAGGACAAAAGCAGAGAAUAGCAAUUGCAAGAGCAAUGCUGAAAAACCCUGCAAUUCUUCUCCUAGACGAGGCAACAAGUGCAUUGGACUCAGAAUCAGAAAAGCUGGUUCAGGAUGCCCUUGAUCGGUUCAUGAUUGGUAGAACAACUCUUGUAAUUGCUCAUCAACUCUCCACAAUUCGCAAAGCUGACCUUGUGGCUGUGCUUCAGCAAGGAAGUGUUACUGAAAUUGGAACUCAUGAUGAGCUCUUUGCCAAAGGUGAAAAUGGAGUCUAUGCCAAGCUUAUCCGGAUGCAGGAGAUGGCACAUGAAACUUCUAUGAAUAAUGCCAGAAAGAGUAGUGCAAGGCCUUCAAGUGCCAGAAACUCUGUAAGCUCACCUAUAAUUGCACGGAAUUCUUCUUAUGGUCGAUCACCGUACCCACGCAGAUUAUCUGACUUCUCUACAUCUGAUUUUAGCUUGUCUCUUGAUGCAUCUCAUCCAAAUCACAGGCUUGAAAAGCUUGCCUUCAAAGAUCAAGCUAGUUCCUUCUGGCGACUUGCAAAAAUGAACUCUCCUGAAUGGCUUUAUGCCUUAAUUGGUUCUGUAGGAUCUGUUGUUUGUGGAUCCCUUAGUGCAUUUUUUGCUUAUGUCCUUAGUGCUGUCCUCAGUGUCUAUUACAAUCCAAAUCACAGACACAUGAUCCAAGAAAUUGAAAAGUACUGCUACUUGUUGAUUGGACUAUCAUCAGCUGCACUCCUCUUCAACACAUUGCAGCACUCCUUCUGGGAUAUUGUUGGUGAAAAUCUUACAAAACGAGUAAGGGAGAAAAUGCUGACUGCUGUGCUUAAAAAUGAAAUGGCAUGGUUUGAUCAGGAGGAAAAUGAGAGUGCUAGGAUUGCAGCAAGGCUAUCUCUUGAUGCCAACAAUGUCAGAUCAGCCAUUGGAGACAGGAUUUCAGUAAUUGUGCAGAACACUGCACUUAUGCUAGUUGCCUGCACUGCAGGGUUUGUAUUGCAAUGGCGGCUUGCGCUUGUACUAGUAGCUGUCUUCCCUGUUGUUGUUGCAGCCACAGUUUUGCAGAAAAUGUUCAUGACUGGUUUCUCUGGUGACCUGGAAGCUGCUCAUGCCAAGGCCACGCAACUAGCAGGAGAGGCUAUAGCCAAUGUAAGGACAGUUGCUGCUUUCAAUUCAGAAAAGAAAAUUGUUGGCCUUUUCACUUCCAACCUUGAAACUCCACUGCGGCGCUGCUUUUGGAAGGGACAAAUUUCUGGAAGUGGAUAUGGGAUAGCUCAAUUUGCACUCUAUGCUUCCUAUGCACUUGGUCUUUGGUAUGCUUCUUGGCUUGUGAAGCAUGGUAUAUCUGAUUUCUCUAACACAAUCCGAGUUUUUAUGGUACUCAUGGUCUCAGCUAAUGGUGCUGCUGAAACUUUAACCCUGGCUCCUGACUUCAUCAAGGGUGGUCACGCCAUGAGAUCAGCCUUUGAUCUCCUUGACCGAAGAACUGAGAUUGAACCAGAUGAUCCAGAUGCUACCCCUGUCCCUGAUAGCCUUCGUGGUGAAGUAGAACUUAAGCAUGUUGAUUUCUCUUAUCCAACUAGACCAGAUAUGUCAGUUUUUCGCAACCUUAGUCUUCGUGCUAGGGCAGGUAAAACUCUUGCUCUAGUAGGGCCUAGUGGCUGUGGUAAGAGCUCAGUCAUUGCACUUAUACAAAGGUUCUAUGAUCCAACAUCUGGCCAGGUCAUGAUUGAUGGAAAGGACAUAAGGAAAUACAAUCUCAAGUCUCUUAGAAGGCACAUUGCUGUGGUACCUCAGGAGCCAUGCCUAUUUGCUACUACUAUUUAUGAGAACAUCGCUUAUGGACAUGACUCAGCUUCUGACGCUGAGAUCAUAGAGGCUGCAACUCUUGCCAAUGCACACAAGUUCAUAUCUUCUCUGCCUGAUGGAUACAAGACAUUUGUUGGUGAGAGGGGAGUUCAACUAUCAGGAGGACAAAAGCAAAGAAUAGCAAUUGCUAGAGCUUUUGUGAGAAAAGCAGAACUUAUGCUUCUUGAUGAGGCAACAAGUGCACUUGAUGCUGAAUCUGAGAGGUCUGUUCAGGAGGCAUUAGAACGCGCCUGCUCGGGAAAAACUACUAUCAUUGUUGCACACAGGCUAUCCACUAUUAGAAAUGCUAAUCUCAUUGCAGUGAUUGAUGAUGGGAAAGUGGCAGAGCAAGGCUCCCAUUCACAGUUGUUAAAAAAUCACCCUGAUGGGAUCUAUGCACGCAUGAUUCAAUUACAAAAGUUCACAAAUAACCAAGUCAUUGGGAUGGCCUCAGGUUCAAGUUCUUCUGCAAGGGCACAAGAUGAUGAAAGAGAAGGCUAACAGCUAGCUAUUCAAAAGAUAAAAGGAGUAUAUGCCAUAUACUGAAUAUAAUUGUUGGCAUUUUUGUUUUGAUCACCAUAGUAUAGUUUGUGUAUCUUCCCUCAUCUCCUCUCAUCUAAGAAUGUAUCUUCUUGUCUUCAUGAAUCUUACUAAGGAAGAAUUAUUACAGCAAUGAGAUUGAAACAGAUAAAUAGAUGUCCCAUCUUUAUGAACUUGCAAGGCCUCCAUUUUGCAUCUUUGUUCCCUUUGCUCUAAAGCAUCUGCAACUGCAAUGAACACUGUCAUUAGGCCGUCAAGGAUAGAUCAAUGUCUGUAGUUAGGCUCAAACAUCAUCUUCAAAAGGGUUCGAAUUAUUGAAGAAUACUAUCAAUAAAAUUGAAGUUCUGUACAAAAGAUACUUUUAGAUGAUGCAAAGGACUUAAUUUCAAUAUAUAUGUAGUGAUAAGUACCUCGUAUAAUUAUAAAUUAUGUUAUGAAGUGUUAA